GUUUCCGGUUGAUAAAGUCUAACUAUCGCGCUGUGUUGUGUUUGCGCUUCUCGUACUGUAAAGCUGUGCGGCGGGGAGCAUGCAGACCUGCUGAGUUGGUGUGGUUAUAAAGAUUGAGGAGGACGGGUCUGUGCAACUGACGAUGGCCAAUGGGGCAGAUGACGAAGAUGUGAUUCAUUUGGCCAGUUUCCGUAGACAUCGUGGAGAAGAUGGAAAGACGAGGACUGACUCUUUCAUCACCAUAUCUGACGACUCAGACGAUGAGCUGCUUAUGUUUGCGGCAAACCAUCCGGUGCAGAUUAAGUCCGAGGCAGAGGAAGGGGACGAAGACGAAGACGAAGAUGUUGUCAUCUUGGAGCCCCAAACACCCCUGCGUCCCACAGUUAUUCGUCCAGCUGCCCCGUGGGACAGGGGUGGCUUUCAGCGGCCUGUUGACAGCCGAGACAGGGUCCCUACAGAGGCGGCAGCACAUCCUUCCGGGUGGCGCACGUACCCUGAGGCAGGAGGCAGUGCCCCUAGUGCUUUUGAGGAUGACCACAAUGCUGCACCUUCUGUAGCUCGAGCGCACACACCAGCAGGAGACCAGCGGACUCCACUGCAGGAGGACUCUUAUCCUGCAGACCACAGGGCCCACCUUGAAAAAGAGGUUCUAGUUGCUACAGCGCCUGAACCAGUGGGCCCUGUAGAUGCUGGUCACGAAAUUGUAGUUGGUACACAGCAUAGUGCAGACGGGGGUGUGGACGCUGCCGCAGCACCUUCUCAGGAACAGCCUCUACAGCAGUCUGCGCCUCCCCCACCACCACCACUACUGCCUCUUACGCCUGAUGCUGUUGAAGCUGUUGUUGAGCAGAGGGCUCCACAGGAGCCCCCACCCGCACAGCCCCUUGAAGUUGCAGUCAGGAUCGACAACGAAAGGCCUGGACCUUCAGCUGCUAAUGAUGAAAACGGACUAGGUUUUGAUCCACAUCUCCUGAAGACGCUGGUGAAGGGAGUGAUGGAUCUCUUUCCAGAUGUUGAUGAAGCCUUUAUAGGAGAUUUAAUCAGGAGACAUGAUUUGAAAGAUUUAAACUUAAUUUGCAACUUUUUAUUAGAAAACCCUGAGUAUCCAAAGAAUAAGAAGAGUACAGGUGUGAAUGCACACUCAAGCAUUCUUCUCGAAGCAAAUAAUAAUGAAACACAGGAAAAAGAGAAUUAUUUUGAUUUUUCGAAGUUGGGCACAGUUGACCAUCGUGUAGCCCUUCAGGCUGCAGACCUUCUGAUGGGUGACUUCAAGAUGCUGAGCAGCCUUGACAUCAAAUGGGCUCUGAACUCCCUUAAAGGACACUAUGCAAUCACUCGUAAGGCCUUAUCUGAUGCCCUUAAAAAGUGGCGAGAACAUUCCACUGAGACAUCAGGGAAGAGGAAGAGGCGGAAAGAAAUGAACCACUUUUCCUACAUAGAUUUCAAGUUUGAGCACGGUUCCACAAAGAUGGAAAAACGCAUGUUCUUCCUGGAAAACAAGAGAAGAUACUGGAGGUCAUAUGAUAUGAAAGCACUUCAUCCAUCUUUGCAGAAUGAAAUUAAGUUUUAUGAGCAAAAAGCCAAAGAAAUGGCUGAGCAUGAAGAUUUUCUGUUAGCUCUACAAAUGAAUGAAGAGCAGUAUCAGAAGGAUGGACAGCUGAUCGAGUGCUGCUGCUGCUAUGGAGAGUUUGCUUUUGAGGACCUGACGCAGUGUACCGAUGGGCACCUCUUCUGCAAGGAGUGCCUCGUCAAGUAUGCCCAGGAGGCAGUCUUUGGAUCCGGAAGGUCGGAGCUGAGCUGCAUGGAUGGGAACUGCUCCUGUUCCUUUCCCACAAGUGAGCUGGAGAAGGUGCUCCCCGACAGCAUCCUGUGUAAAUACUACGAGCGCCAGGCUGAGGAGGCAGUGGCUGCCACCUGCGCGGACGAGCUUGUCAGGUGUCCCUUCUGCAACUUCCCAGCUCUGCUUGAUAAAGAAAUUUCUUUAUUUAGUUGCCCCAACCCCCGCUGCAGAAAGGAGACGUGUCGAAAGUGCCAUGUCCUGUGGAAGGACCAUGUGGACAAGACGUGCGAGCAGGUGCUGGAGAGGGAUGAGAUCCGCCUCAGAGUUACCUUUGAGGAAAAAAUGACAGCUGCACGUGUGAGAAAGUGCCACAAGUGCGGCACAGGACUGGUCAAGUCUGAGGGCUGCAACCGAAUGUCGUGCCGCUGUGGCGCCUUCAUGUGCUACCUCUGCAGGGAGCCAAUCAAUGGCUACAACCACUUCUGCCAGCACGCCCGCUCGCCGGGCGCCGAGUGCCGGCACUGCAAAAAGUGUUCCCUGUGGACGGACCCCACGCAAGAUGAUGAAAGAAUCAUCCAGGAAAUCCAGAAACAGGCUGAAGCUGAACUGCAGAAGAAGAACUCUGAGAACAAAAGGAAGCGAGUGGGUCCUCCUCCUGAGCCCCUUCCAGCCAAGGUGUCCCACGUGGCCCCGCGUGGUGUGCCCUUGCAGAUGGAGCCAGCAGUGGCCCCCCACGGCCUCCGCGCUCCCCUGCUGGUGGCCCCGCAGAUGAUGCUGCCUCACCUGCCCCAUCAACCCCUGCACGUGCGGCCCAUUCCUGCCCCUUAUGUGCCGCCACUGCCCAAUAUCCCGAUCAACUUUGAGCUUCCCAACAUCAAUCUGGAAUUCAACAUGCCUAUGCACUAUGGACCCCAUCACCGAUUCUUCAGACCACUCUGAAGGGCCCAGCCCCCUCCCACCACCUCGAGAGGCAGUCUGGCCCACUCCUGCAGUAAGCACGUGCCGUCUGGACUCUGUUUCAAAGUGCAGUUAGAGCACUUUUUUGUAAAACAAUGCUUUUUUUUUUUGGCAUAAACUUUUGUUGGGAGACAAUAACUUUGCAUUAGGAGUUUACAGGAUGAGUGAUUUGUUCCCAGGGAAAGUGCUUUUUAAAUGUCAUAAUUUUCCUGUUUGUCCUUGCAGUUACAGUAGAUCACACAGUGACAUGCCAAAACCAGCUGUUGGCAAAUUCAGUCUGUCUCCUGUUGGUAUUAAUACUUAGAACUGUGUUAAGGGUACAACAGUGUUAGCACGCUCGUAUGUUACUCCCCUAGUCACGUUGCGGUUAUAAAGUUCUGCUCAGUGAAGCGCAGCAAUGCCUUCCAUUGUUGCUGUAACAGUAACGAGUGUCAAACCAGUGCAUAUGUGAGGGUGGCAGCACUGUUCGGCUGGGAGGAUCACAGUGUGCAAUAUUUUCUUUUUUCUUUUUUUAAAUUGCUUGCUUACUUUGAAUUCUUAGUUUUUGUGCACCAUACUGUUGUUCAGUUGUUGCCUGCUAUUCAAGAUGUUGUUAAAGGGAAAGGCUUUGGGAAACACGUUGCAGCGGAACACACCAGCAUGCUGCCCGUGCCAUUGGUGGGGAAAUGUGGUGGUGAUCUGCCUGUCCUUGGACACAGGAACAGAUUUUUUUUAGGUUCUUCACUUGAAGGCUUCUGUGGUCCCAGACCAAAAGUUAUGCUGUACAGGGAGGUUAACUACCAUCCACUCCAACAGGCCUUUCCUGCGCAUUCCGAGCAUUGCGUGUUGUCUUUAGUAAACCUGGAGUUGUGAGUACUUUUGCAUAGAAGGAAAAUGUUGUGAAUGUGGAAAAUGUUUGUGUUGAAAAGUUCUAGAAUUUAGCUUCUUGUAUAUUGACUGUUUUGCGUUUCUUUUUCAUAUUUUUCUCUUCUAUUUUUCCAUGGUUUGAACAGAAAGAAGCUCACUCCUGAAAACUUUAAUCCAAGUUGAGUGCCUGCAGAUUUUUAGACUUUUCUUUGCAAUUAGAGAUAGAGCACAAAUUGUCAUUGUAUACAUUCUUUGGGGGGGGGGGGGUGUCAGAUCUUACAUUGUAAAAUAAUUGUUUGAUAAAAUUGUACUGAUAAAUAAAUGCAUUUAAAAAUAUGUACAUUUAUUAGUUUUGACAAAACUAGAUCUUGCUUCUUUGUGAUGGAUCUUGCAUUGUUUUCUUUGUGAUGGACUAACGUCCCAUCCAGGGUGUACCCUGCCUCAUGCAGUAUGCUUCUUAAUACCUUAUGAACCACAGUGACCCAGAAUUGGAAGAACAAUUACUGAUAAUGAAUGAAUGUGCACUGUUUUAAUGUAUGCUAAUUAUGUUAUGUCUUUGAUUUAUGCGUUUUUAUUCUUGCAAAUGUCAUUUGAUGAUAACCUAUAAACACACAUACGGCGAUACUUCUGUGUUUGACCUCGACAGACUACACAUGCCCUCAAACAGUCCAGGUUCUUAGGUGCAAGGAUGCUACAGGUUGUCAGAGAUAAUCCACAUGGAUUUACAUUUAUUCAUUUAGCUGACACUUUUCUCCAACAUACAAUAUUAA